CAGGCAAGUAGUUGUUAAGCUGUCGCUCGACGGUACUCGGUGGGACAAUAUCGCGUUUUGAGUUCUUGCGAUGAUUAUUCGAGUCAUUCACAAUGGACUCAAUGUUAUACUAUCGAGGAUCAUAUCUUCCAGGAUAUUCUUGGCAUCUCGGCCUAAAUUAUUAUAAAAAUUGAAGAUAACCCAGCAUGUAGAGACAACAUCAACACAUCCUCAUUAUCCUCAUUAUCCUCAAUAACAAUCUUUUGAGCAUAGUCAUCAUUAGCUUCGAACGAUCUAUUCAAUUUCAACAACAAAAAUGCAACUUUUCACACAAACAUCGACCUUCGCGGUCCUUCUAUGCACUCUAAGUGCUAAGCUCGCCAGCUCAGCCGACUCGUCUCCCUUCCUCGGGCGUCUUGAUCCAUGGCAAGUAUCAAGACUCGAAAUCACGGCUCCGGCACCAGGACGCGACGGUCCUCUUAACAUCGACCUAGACAUCGCGAACCCGAACAACGUCUCCGCGGGACCGAUCCCACACGGCGAUGGCGGGGGCUACCUAGCCUUCGGGCCGAGCUCCGCGAGCUGCAUCGCAAUCGAGGAGACGAUCCGCAACAGCAGCGGCAGUCUCGGCCGGGGCCAAAUCCACGACAACUGCACGGGCACUACAUCGCAGUCAUACGGUGUCUGGUCCGUGGACUUGUACCCCAAGAACGCGACCCGUGGCUCGGCGCGCACUGUCAACCCUGCCAACCUCCAGCUCACGUUUACGCUGAACUACAAUAUUAGCCGCUACGGCGAGUAUUUGUACAAGCGGUACGAGGGAACUGGUCGCUUUAAGCUCGGCGAGAACUUGGAUCGCCAUUGCUUUGCUAAGAAUCAGACUUGCUCGUAUGCGCUGAAGGCGAACAGCACGCCCGUUCUUGUGCCCCAGAGGUUGAUGGCUUGUCAGGGCACUUGCUCGUUGCCUUCUACUAGUGCUAGUCCUAGUACUUAAGCUGGUGGAUUUAUGGAUGGAUGGAUAUCCUGAAUAGAUGGCAGCUGCGGGUACAAGCUAUUGGAAUAUGGUGGGGUUGGAUAACCCCGUGUCUCUGGUUAGACUCGAAUCAUGAUAUAGUCGUUAGACUUGUAUGAAUACUCAUGAAUGUAAAGGUGGUGGCUUAGAGGGAUGGUUAGAGAAUCGGGGUGGAGGUAGAGGUAGAGGUAGACAGAUGAUAAGGGGUAAGAUAACUC